AUGUAUACACCGGUUAGCUAUCUACGAAUAUGCUUUCUAUUAGCAGCCCUACUACCACUUUCACAAGCAAUAGGGUUACUAGUGCCGCCGUUGAAGAAGAACCAGCUACCUUCUUUAGACAAUUUACAACAAUGUCUUUCCUAUGAACUUGGAACAAAUGACGUGCUAUUUCUCACCUUAAAGUCGAUUGAAAACUUACCAUCACAGGAUUUAAAUUUGCUAAUUUUGGAUAGCAUGGGCAAUAAAUUGAGAGAUCAAUCAAAUUUGGAAAGGUUUCCCAGUCCUAUUGAACUUAUAAUUAAUCCGCAAGGUGUGACCGAUGAAAGUGAUAUCUCUUCAACGUUAAAGGACCGUGAUUUGGUCCCAUCCAAGCUUGUACAUAUCUGCUUUUACAAUACGUAUAAUGAUUUAUCGUGGAGCUUCAAACCAAGGACAUUUGAAUUUGAAAUGAAUGUUAAUAUCAAAGAUGAUAUCAGAACGACGGAUUAUCAAAUGUAUAAACAGUUCUUUGCUUACCUUGAUACAGAUCUUUCCGAGGGGGAGUUUGAUAACAAGAUGAAUAUGGUUGCUCUUGACCUUGAUAAUAUUGUUGCCAAGCUACACAACUCCGAUGACGUAUUGAAGGAACUUUUAGAUCACGAGUUUAAAUUGAGAGACACUAAUGAGGAGAUAUUCAGUGGGUAUACAUUUAUCAGUAUUGUGCUUUGUGCGACGAUAUUCGUGUGUGGAGUCAUACAGCUAUUGUACUUUAAACUCUACCUCAGAAAGGUUGUAAAGUGA